GGCUGCACUGUACCACAGGCACACCGGACUCACACGGUGCGAGGCUGACAGCUGGACUAGUGGCAGCCCUGCUAAACACAAUGAGGACGUUUCCUGCUCUCUUUUUCCUCAGCGUCAUCGCACUCAGCUGCGCCGCUCCAGUUGAAGAGGAGUCAGUGGUGCGGGCGCGGCGCUUCGUGUCGAGGGUGGAGAACCUGCCUAAGCGGCAGGAGAGCCACGUGUCGGGCAGCGUGGACGGCGGCGUCAGCCGCGACCGGCGCAUCGGCACCAUGGUGCACGGCCAGGCGGACGGCGUGUGGACCAGCAAGGACGGCAACACCAGGGUGGGCGCCGGCGUCAGCUACGGCCGCGUGCACGACGGGCCGGCCGCCGGGCCCGCCUCCAAGGGCGGCUACAUCAACGUCCAGCACAGCUUCCCGGGAAAGUGAGCGGAUAAGGCAGCAGCUGCACAGCGUGCCACACACACAGCCGGACUCUCGAGCUGUUAAAAGUUAUGGUUGUACUAAUUAUUCAUUCAAAUCACGCCCGUUUUCGGGGUGUUAAAGCUCCGUAUUCAGGUGUAUGAAAUUCUUGUAUUUGAGAAUACAUAACAUAUAAUCGGGCCAGGCCGUGCACCGACUUGCCAUACCGCAUGUUAUGCAUUUGCAAGUACAAUAACUGUAUGCACCUGAAGAUGGGAUCUUCACAUCCCGAAACUGGUCAUGGUUUGAUUAAAUAAUCUGAAGCGAAUUUCUUUAAAUUAAUUAAUCAUGCCUCUCAUUUACGGACGCCCUACAUACCAAAUAUUGUGUUAAAGUUCUGUUUAUCAUUUACAACUCAACAAUUGCCUCCAGUUCAUUGCUCUUUAAUUGUUUUUGAGCAGUAGUGAUAUGUAAAUACGCCUGUAAAUAAAAAUUUGUUUUUUAUAAAUAAAUUAGUAAAAGGUA